AUGCGUUUAUGUUUUCCUCACUUCGCCAUUUUGGUUUAUGAGGAUGCUAACGACACUAACGCAGAAGUUGUGUUGGUUGAUGAACUAAAAAGCCUCGAAGCGCAUCUUGAAGAAGUGCAAGAAAGACAAAGAGGACUAAUCCCUGGAAUUCCAGGGCAAAAAGGAGAUAAAGGAGAGAGAGGGCUCGAUGGAAUCCCAGGAAAAAUGGGUAUUAUCGGCUUGCCAGGAAUCAAAGGGGAGAAGGGGCAUCUCGGCUCUGUUGGACUGAAGGGAGAAAGAGGAAAUCAAGGGUACCCUGGACUGCAAGGCCAAAUAGGACACCCUGGAAGAACUGGUGAUAAAGGCGAUCAAGGUAUGCCUGGCAGGAAAGGUGAAUCGGGAGAACCAGGGCAGCCUGGGGAGAAAGGAGAACGAGGUUCAGAUGGUUUUCCCGGGACUGACGGUGUGCCAGGUCAACCAGGAAAGAUAGGCCCAAAAGGAGAGAAGGGAGAACCUGGACGACCAGGUGCUUCUGGAUUUCCAGGUAGGAAGGGAGAACCAGGUGUAAGAGGCCUUCCAGGAGACUCAGGACCACCUGGUGAAAGAGGGUUGCCAGGGUUGACCGGACCGCAAGGUCUGGAAGGUCACGUGGGACCAUCAGGUCGUAUAGGGCUCCCGGGUCGCAAGGGUGACCAAGGGAAUCCCGGAAUCCCUGGCUCAAAAGGAGAAGCAGGCAUAGACGGGAUACCAGGGACACCGGGCAAACCUGGGCUGCCGGGAGAUAAGUAUGUAACGGGAAACUGCAAUACAGUGAUUCAUGUGCUUUCAGGAUUGCUCUCGGAGGAACAAAACUACUGCUUUUUAGCACUUGGCAAGUGUCCUUCGUCGUUUGUCCAAGUAAACGCCUACCAAAGCAUUGUGGACAGUUACAAAUUUGGGGAAUACGCUCUGAUAAAAAUAAAUGAUAGCAGCACGAGAGGCCCUACAGGGCCUGUUCGUUCAACAGGCUCCGAAAAACAGAUAGCUACCUUAAAAAUUCAUGCGUGUUGUAGAUAA